CGCCCACUUCCUUCGUCAUCGCUCAUUGGCUGAUACUUUUCCCGGAAGUAGGCGCCAGAUAGAAACACAAGAUUGGACGUUUUUAUCUCUGCAAAUCCUGCGCACUGAAUGCUAGUUUCAGUGUAACAAUGAGGAGUCAAAGGUGUUUCGCCAAAGGGAGUACUGCUCCCGGACCCGUGCCAGAGGGCCAAAUCCGACUGUACAGCAUGAGGUUCUGCCCCUUUGCCCACAGGACCCGACUGGUGCUGAACGCCAAAGGGAUCAAACACGAGAUCAUCAACAUCCACCUGAGGGACAAACCCGAAUGGUUUCUGAAGAAAAACCCCCAGGGUCUUGUCCCCACCCUGGAGACGACAGCAGAGGAGCUGAUAUGGGAGUCUCCCAUCGCCUGCGAAUACCUGGAUGACGCGUAUCCUGGCAGGAAGCUGCUUCCUUCCACUCCGUUGGGAAAAGCCCAGCAGAAGAUGAUGCUGGAGAAUUUUUCCAAGAUACCUGCACACGCCUUCAAGAUCUCAAUGGGCAGACAUAAGGGUGAAGAUGUUUCUGGACUGGUUGAUGAACUCAGAGAGAAGUUUGGCAAAUUAAAUGAGGAUCUGGCAAAGAAGAAGACAAAGUUCUUUGGUGGCGAUUCUAUCACCAUGAUCGAUUACAUGAUGUGGCCGUGGUUCGAGAGGCUGGAGGCCUUCAAGCUGACAGACUGCUUAGAUGGUGCACCUGAGCUGAAGACGUGGGUGGCGCGCAUGUCAGAGGACCCAGUUGUCCAAGCAAGCGGGCACAGCGUGGACACCUACCAAGGCUUCUACAAGACCUACCUGGAGGCCAAACCCAACUUUGACUAUGGGCUGUAGAUAACUGCAACCGCCCAGCUUUUCUUUGUUUUUAUUCAUGUGCUGCUGAGUCAUUAUUGUUGGGGGAAACUUAUUUUUGUACUUCUAAAUGUUGUACUGGAAAUAAAGGCGCCAUUAUCACUA